UCUCUUCUCUCCUCUUGUAUUAGCUAGGCUAGGGUUUCUCCAUCGGAAUCGGAAUCCGCUGAGAUGCCGCCGCAGGGCUGGGCCAUGGCGCCACCCUACUACUACCACGGCGGCUCCCCGCCCCCAGCCCCUCCAUUGCCUCCAAAGGAGAAGGAGGAGGAGGAGCAGCAGCAGCAACAGGCGAGGUCCCUCUGGAUCGGCGGCCUUCUGCCCUGGAUGGAUGAGGGCUACCUCUCCACCUGCUUCACUCGCUCGCCGGAGCUUAUGUCGGUUGUCAUCAAAAGGAAUAAGCAGACCGGACAAUCCGAUGGUUAUGGCUUUCUUAACUUUGCUGACCAUGCAUCCGCUCAUCAAAUCCUCCACAGCUACAAUGGCCAGGAGAUGCCUAAUUCUGAUAGGGAUUUCAGGCUCAACUGGGUCACAACUGCUGCCCGUGUGCCCAAUGCUCCUAAUCACGCCAUAUAUGUUGGGGACUUGGCCUACGACGUCACUGACUUCAUGCUACACCAUGUCUUCAAGAGCCGAUACCCAUCAGUUAAGAGCGCUAAAGUUAUCUCUGAUAAGCUUACUGGCCACUCAAAAGGAUAUGGAUUUGUUUUUUUUGGGGACGCUAAUGAACACAGGCAAGCCAUCACUCAGAUGAAUGGCGCAUACUGCUCAACUAGGCCUAUGCGUAUCGGCACUGUUCCCAACAAGAAAGUUCCCUCCCAUGAUACAGAAGUAUCUGAUUCUGAUUGCAAUCCAGACAAUUCAAAACUAUUUAUUGGUUCUAUUGAUCCAAGUGUGACUGAUGAGGAUCUAAAGCAAACCUUUAGUCCCUAUGGAGAUCUUGUCCAUGUAAAGGUGAUAGUGGGAAAGCAAUGUGGCUUCAUCAAAUACUCAAGCAGAGCAUCAGCAGAAGAGGCUAUAAGAAUGCUAAAUGGAAGUCAGCUAGCAGGUCGUAGCAUAAGAGUUUCAUGGUGUCGUCCGCUUUCUAACAAGCAGGAUCCUAACAAGCAGAGUUAUACAAGUCAUCAAGGAUAUGGAUAUGACCAACAGCAGGUGUCAGUACAGUGAAAACUUGGAAGUUUCUUUUAUUCGUUUUGGAAAUAGCAUGGUGCUCCUUGAAGAUCUCAAUGUCAAGAUGUGGCAGGAAUUUUUGGUGGCCGUAAACUUGGAGGGUUUUUUUUUUUCGUUCGUUUUGGAAAUAGCUGUGCGUUGCCUUGUUUCUACUUUAGCUGUGCGACAGCUGCAAGGCAUGACUCAAGUCCCAUUGGUACCGUUCGUUUGAGUCUUUUGACAGAGAGAUGUAGAAUUUAGUAGGUCAAAAAUGCCUUGGAUUUUGCUAUGCUAUGGGCAUGGCCAGCAGCAAGCUUUUGGGAUUGGUUAGCUUGAGUUGAGUUGAGGUUGUACAGAUGCAGGGUGAAGCUUAUACUGUGGUUUGUACCAGCUGCAGGCGCACCUGGCUGGUCUGUUUUUCUUUUCUGUUACUUUUAACUGAAGAAACGACAUUUGGCUUGAGAGUUCAUCGGAGCCUGUGUUUGAGAAGAGCUAGUGUACUGUUUGUAGCAAGUGAUGGUUGUUUUAUCAAGAUGAAGACUGUAGCAAUCUCCAUUGUACAGUAUAUAUAUUAUAUUAUUCCCUUAUGACAUCAAGAUCAAGAUGAAGACUCUAGUAUGUAACAGACAGACGAUAUGCUGGUGGCUUAAUUAGUUGAAGGGGGGUUGGAAGAGAUGAGGAAAUAAUUAAGAUGCAUGGAGAUGGCAGGGUGUGAAGAGCAUGUCCUUGGUAAGCAUGAGCUGGGUCGGUGAUGGUCGUAAAUGCAGUGGAUGGUCCUUGCAACAUAUGGACAUGGCUCAUCAUCUCCUUCCAGGCCAACCAAGCCCUACUAGCUGCUACCCGACUCUUAAUUCUCUCGCUGCAUCGCAUAUCUUUCAUACG